AUAUAUAAUAAUUUACCUUAGUGAUCUAUGUAAAUUAUACUAUAUUCUGCUCGAAGAAAUCUGAAUUAUGCCAGAUUUUGUUAGUUAUGUAUGUGGCUCGGGAUGUUGCUACAGAGAUCCGUUUCUAAAAAAAAAAAAUAAAAGAAGAGCACUCGUCUGGUGAAAUUUCAUUUAAUAAGAUCUCGUAAAUGGCUAGAAUAGAAAUGAAUAAAGAAGUCGACAGGAAAUGCCGCCACAAGAUUUCUACAGAUUUGUCCCAUCACAUUGUUACAAAAGUUGGAAAUAUUGACAAUGGCACAAAAAAGAUAAGAAUUGUCCAUAUAUCUGAUACACAUAUGCAGCAUAACGGAUUUUUGACAAAUAUUCCUGAUGGUGAUAUUUUAGUUCAUUCCGGUGAUUUUUGCAGAAUAGGAUGGAAAAGAUUACUUGUUACGCCUGACAAUGAUGGAUUUUUACGGUCUAUCAACGAAUUCUUUGAAAAACUUCCUCACAAACAUAAAAUAUUUGUGGCGGGAAAUCAUGACAUGGUGUUUGAUAUAGGUUCUUGCGAAGAAGUGCAAAAGAAACUUCCAAAUGUAACUUAUCUUCAAGACUCCUCAGUUUCUAUCGAAGGAAUUAACUUUCACGGAUCACCAUGGACAUUUUAUAAGUGGACAUCUUACAACAGAGGUUUUUGUCGAGAACGUGGGAAAAUAGAACAUUUCUGGGAUAAAAUAUCGACUGAUACUAAUGUUCUAGUAACUCAUUUACCACCUCAUGGAAUUAUGGACACAUUUCCAAAGAAGUUUCAGUUGUUUAAAAAAGUGUAUUUACACGGAGGAUGUCCUUCACUACGAAAGACAAUACACGAAAGAGUUCGUCCAGAAUUACAUUUAUAUGGCCAUGCCCAUGGUGUAGCUGGAGUGGAGAGUGUUGACGGAACAGUUUUCUCUAAUGCAGCAUUCCCUCACAGAGAAUUGGCCAAUGUUUUCGACUAUUACAUCUAAUAAAGAAAUACAACGUGAAA